UUUCUUCUUCGUCCUCGUCUGCGUCUUCGUCUGCGUCUUCUUGAUGGCCGCUUUGCUCGACCAAAUCGCACGGAAUUCCCUGACGUCUCCACAGCUCCAUUAAAUGCCGCCCAACGCCUCCGCAUGAUGAUCUGAACCUCCUCUCUCUCCCCCUCUCUCUCUUUCUACUGCCGAGACGCGAAAUCUAAGGAGAAGAGGAUGAGGAGAUAUGCGCGGGCAAUUAGCCCCGAGAGAACCAAGGUGUGGGCUGAACCGCCUCCGAAGCACCACCAUUGGCAGCAGCAAGGGAGAAAGGUUCCGGUAGUGUAUUACCUCUGCAGGAAUCGCCACCUCGACCAACCGCACUCCAUCGAGGUCCCGCUCUGCUCCCCCGAGGGGCUCUACCUCAGAGAUGUGGUCGACAGGCUCAAUGUGCAGCGAGGGAAGGGGAUGGCGGCCAUGUAUUCCUGGUCUUGCAAGAGGAGUUACAAGAAUGGAUUCGUGUGGCAGGAUCUUUCCGGGGACGAUUUGAUCCUGCCGGUACAGGGCACCGAGUAUGUGCUCAAGGGUUCGGAGCUCCUGGAUCAAACCCCUCCAGAUCGGGACAAUCACAGUGUGAGCAAUGUAAAGACUCAGAAUCCGAAACAUCGUCCACAAGAGACGCCAAUUUGUUAUAAAGGACAAGAAGCUUCCUGUUCUUCAUCUUCGAAAGCGGUUGUAAUUAAUGAAGCAAAGCUUCCCACACCAUCGCCGAUACAACCACCACCUCCUUCUAUACAAGAAGAUGAGCUAUCACCCUCGACUCGUGGAUCUGGCUCCUCCAAGAACUUCUCGCCAGAGCCUGGCGGUAGAACUGGCCCAUCGUUGGUCACGGUCUCCCCAAAGCCAUCAGACUACAGGAUCUGCAAGCCCUUUCAAGCUCAGGAUGCUUCGACUCAAACCGAUAAUGAAGAGAAAAGGAGGAAAGAGGGAUCAAACACCAGGAUUAGGCUUCCAGAAAUUCAGCACAGUGAGAGCCAAAAUGAACAGACGAUGUGUUUGAAUCAAGAGCCUGAGAUCGUUAAAGUAGAGAGUUCACCACCACCACCAACAUUUGCAAGUGUUCCCUCUUCUUCUUGUGGAAAGACGAAUACCCUGGAAUCCUUGAUAAGAGAAGAAGCAAAUAAAAGGAACAACUUAAGGAAUAUGGAGGCCGAGGAUGUCUUCCUCCCGACUGGGCCAAAAUCGAAAGCCACAAAUAUGCUCAUCCACCUGAUUACUUGUGGUUCCAUCUCUGUGAAAGACCGCUACAGCUUCGGAUUUGUGCCAACUUAUAGGCCAAGGUUUGGUGAUAACAAGUUCACCUCACCAAUGUUUGCCAACUCAAUUGUUCCGGAUGGCAUCGACUGCUUGCUAGAGAGCCAGAGAGAUAUUGUUGCAAGUCUGACAAAGAAGGAAGUUCGUAGCAGGAGCAUGCUUCGAACAAAAAGGUACACAGAGGAAACAGGGGAAGAAAUCUCUAAUCUAAAACUAUCAUCUUCCUUUGACGAGGCCAGGAACUGCAACAUGCCUUAUUGGAGAAGGGACAAAGAGAAGACAGUGGAUUCAGCCCAAUCGAAAUGUCUCCCUAUGAAUAUCAAAAUUACUUCCUGCAAGCAUUCCAGGGCUCACCAGAAUGAAUCAAUGAUGUCCCCGAGAUUGGAUAUAAGGAAGUCUUCAGCUGGGCCAGAUAUUUGCAAUUCCUCACCACUCAAUUCAUCAAAUGGUGGAAGUAAAAGGACAAUAGAUAGUUCCUCAAUCAAGGGAUCAUCCAUGAGGUUAGAAUCUUUUAGAGAAUUAAAGGACAAGAUGAUCAAGAUCGAAGAAAGGCUUACUUCUGGAGCCCGGAUUAUAAUCGAAUCUAGAUAUAAAUCUGAUGAUAGUGAAGAUAGCUCUGAUUGACUACAGGAAUCCAAUGUUAAUGCACCAUAUUACUCAUUUCGCUAUCUUUUUUCUUUGCUGCUGUGCUUGGGAGGAAGUCAAUCCCUAACAUUUAAAGUCAAUGUGUGGUAAUGGCUCUUCUUCAUGCUGGCAAUUAACAACUCCAGAAGCCUGGAAGCAUUUCCCUCCUUCAGGAAGAGACAGCAGGAGAUUGGGUAAUGGCAGCAAUCAUCUCCAGUGAGACACAAGGCUGGUCAACUGGUAC